UUCACACUGUCAUAUAAGUCUUAAAGGCGCAGCAGGUAAAGGUGCAUUCGAUCUGAAACAUGAUGCAGCGUAGCGUGUGGAUGAUGCAUUUCAAACUUAUCACAGCCAUGAGCGCCGUUGUCCAGUUCACACAGUCGCCGAAAUUUCUGUCGCUGCAGGUCAGAGAUGCCGCAAUUUUCAACUGUCAGCUUUUGGGUUGCGCAGCUAAACAUUACAUUUGGGAUAGAAUUCCAGAAUUCGAAAAUGGGAGCCAGGGGUUCAAUGAAGACCUAUUAAAUGGUAGUCGGAUUUCGGUUUCAUUGUCUGGCACUCUGAGGAUUGAAAACUUGACGGUAUUUGACAAUGGGCUGUAUUACUGCAGACCGAUCCAUUUAUGCGUGAAGAACACGCCUGGAGCAACGCGGAGUAACGGGACACGAUUAACAGUCACAGCAGUCCCCAGUUUGCAUCUCCAGUCUAAUUUGUCUUCUAACAACCCUGAGCUCCUAAUUCUGAUUUGUAGUGCUGUGGGUUUCUACCCUUCCUAUAUUGUCCUUUCCUGGCACCACUCUCUUCUUGGGGUGCCCCAUACCACCUCUCAGGAAGUCCCUGAACCUCUUCUGGAUGGCACCUACAGCAGCAGAUCCACCCUUCAAGUCAAUUCUACUUUAUGGGUGCCGGGUACAGAGAUUGGGUGUGAAGCAAAUCACACAUCAACAAUAAGGCCACUGAAGAAAUACAUUAGGAAUGUGCCUGAGAAAAUUAAUACAAGGGAAACAUACUGGUACUCAUUUGCUUUCCUUGCUCUUCCUCUAAUUUUGGGCUGCAUUUAUUUACUCAUUAAUUUCUUCAGAAGCACAGCAGCAACAGAAACUUCAAAACCCACAGAUGAAGAUGGAAAUGAAAUGGAGAUUGAGCUGCAGUAUUCCACUCUCUUCCAGAAGAAUCUAAAGAAAUACACUUCUUCUCAAAAUGAAAAUGAUUUCAGGUGCAUAUACUCAGAAGUGAAGAUGAAAGAGGGCAGUUUAACAGAAUGUGAAAACAGCAUGGACUGUACUGUUCCGGAUAUUCAUGAGACCCCAAAUGUCACCAUAUUGAAAAGCCCUCGGCUUACUACAUAUUCACCAUUGACCUGCAGCUCAGGGAUGAAUAGCUCUUGCUGACAACACUUUUUAUUAAGAGUGAACAUUGCAAGUAUAAUUUAAAAUUAAAAAAGUGAAUGAGCUUACUUUUAUUUAAAAACUCCAAGGCUGAACAACAAAAUGUUUAAAUAUUCGUAAUUAGUGACGAGUGUCCUCCAUGGAAUUCUGUGAGUUCAGCAAAAUCACAAAUAUUUUUGAGAACUUUGUUGAACUCCUUGAAAUGUUUUGUAGUCAUUGGGGAAGAAGGAACCAAAGUAGUUAUAAGUCCAUUUUAAUAGUGAUAUUGUCUUUUCAGUGUCCCAGAAAGUUUGGGAAGUGUCUGUCAACUAUGCUGGAGUUACUGUGGCAAAAAGGUAACCAGAGCUGUCAGGCAGCCAUUCUAAUUAGAAAGAUUAACACAAACAAAAUGCAACAAAUGACCACAAAUUAGCAAUAUGUAAGUAAAAUAUAGAUCAUUACGUUAACAUAGUUACGCUCAUUAGGCACACAUUGAUUUUGCCAUAAAGUGGCGGAUUGGGACUGGCUCAUUCCAUUGUUUGAAGUUGUGGCUACGGACCCAGCGGGAAUGUCUUUUUUGUUUCAUAUGUAUCUGUGCA